AUUAUAAAAAAGGAGGAAAAUCGCGAAUAACAACGGACCGAUGGCAAACAAAACGAAACGAAUUCUCGAUCCGACGAGAUCUUCAGUCUUCAGAUUUGAGAGUUGUUAUUGAUUCCUGUUGUUGUAAAAAGUACGGCGGAUAUUUAAGAUUGAUGCAAACGUGUCUGAUCGCCAGUAAAUCUUGACGUAUCGUUAUAUAUUAACGCUGUUGUGAAAUAAACGUACCUUUGGUUAUAUCCUCAAGACAGUCAUCUCUUGUGAUUCUUCUACUUCACGAAUAGCAGAAGCGAUUGGACGGCCACAGUAUUAAAUAUAAAAGUAAAGGAAAAUACAAGAAAAGCAGGUGGGAGGGAGAAAGAUUAUGAAAAUUCUUCAAGAAAGCAAUAACAACAGAUUUAGAUAUUGUUAUCAGUUCUGCUGAACUUUCAUACAUUGGACUUACUUCAUCAGUCUUGAGUUGACAGUUUGCACUGAUCUGUUCUAGCGCACGAAUUACUGCAUUGUUUAGACUACUUGCAAUUUCAUUGCCAACAUUUGAGCAGUACUGCAAUCGAUCGCAUCAGGGUAUUCAUCGACCACGGAUAUCGUGGUGGUUACCAACUUUGUCAUUGACUGGGAUAUUUUGUAACACAUAUGAUCUAAGGAUUGAUACUAGAACGAGAAUUGAACUCAACUUACCUUCGUUUAACAUCAACGAAGAUGAUCCUUAUUCUGUUGUUAUCGGUUAUCGUUGUUUUAUUCGUAUGGAAUUAUUAUGUGCAUUACGGAUCUAGAAAAGGCCGGCUCAUCAAUCGUAUACCGGGGCCAGCGCCUGUAUUUCCGAUAGGCGGCAACGUAUUAGAGUAUCAACAAUCACAUGAGGCCCUCUGGAAACUCCUACGUUAUGAAACUGACUUUUACUAUCCCAUUGUUAAAAUAUGGUGCUUUUUCGUACCUGUUGUGUCUAUCCGUCAUCCAGAUGAUCUGGAGAUAAUACUUUCUCCGAUGAAGCAUCUCGAGAAGAGUGCCAUAUAUGACAUUCUACUUUCCUGGUUUAAUACUGGCCUUCUCACUAGCGCAGGUGAUAAGUGGCAUGCGCGACGAAAGAUAUUAACGCCCGCCUUCCACUUUAAUAUAUUGCGGCAGUUCGUCGACAUUUUGAUCGAGGAGGGCGAACAAAUGACCAAAUCCUUGAAGGAUGGUAAAGGCGCGGUUGAGAAGGACUUAAUGCCGUUUCUUAGCAAGCAUACGCUCAACGCGAUAUGCGAGACUGCCAUGGGCACCUCUUUAAAAGACCUCGGCGCAUUCCAGAAAAAAUAUCGACAAGCAGUAUACGAAAUGGGUUUGCUUCUAGUUUAUAGAUUAGUGAGACCAUGGCUGCAUCCCAUAUGCUUUGGAGGUGUGCUCUUUGAUAUAUUACCACCUGGCUUUCGUCAACGAAAACUUUUGCGAAUAUUGCAAGGGUUCACCGAUAAAAUAAUAGCUGAGAGGAAACUCUAUCAUGAACGUACUGGCGACCGAUAUUUGAAAAUCUUUGAAAAUGACAAAAUGACGGAGGAGGAUAAUACAUACAUCAGAACUCGGAAAAAGCGACUCGCUAUGCUGGACCUCCUGAUAGCGGCAUCGCGAGAAAAUCAUAUAACCGAUUUCGACAUCAGAGAGGAAGUCGAUACCUUCAUGUUCGAGGGACAUGAGACUACGGCGGUGGGAAUAUGCUAUCUGUUGUUAUUGUUGGCUGAGCACAAAGACAUUCAGGAUCGCGUAAGGGCUGAAGUCGAUAGCGUGAUGCAAGAGAAUGGAGAGAGAUUCACUCUGGCAGUGUUACAAAAGCUACCGUAUCUGGACAGAUGCUUGAAGGAAUCAUUGCGAUUAUAUCCCAGCGUGCAUUUCAUAUCGCGACUUAUCUCGGAAGAUGUAACAUUUCCAUUUUACAUUAUGGACGAAAUGUCGUACAGUUUAAUUAAAAAAAAAGUUAAUUUUGCUCAAGAAAAGAAAUAUGUGGUGCCGGCUGGUACGGUAGUGCAUCUCAAUAUCUACGGUGUCCACAGAGAUCCGAAUUUCUGGCCAAAUCCAGAAGUGUUUGAUCCAGAUAGAUUCUUGCCCGAGAGAAGCCAAAAUCGUCAUCCUUAUUCCUAUCUGCCAUUCAGCGCGGGACCACGAAAUUGCAUAGGUCAAAGAUUCGCUUUGCUGGAGAUGAAGGCCAUGAUAGCUCCGCUAUUGCACAGCUUCUACCUGGAACCGAUCGAUUAUUUGAAGGAUCUGAAGAUAAAAACUGACUUGGUCCUACGACCUGCAUAUCCGCUUCGUGUAAGAUUUGUCCCAAUCCAAGAUACGUAAUCAUGGAAAGCGAAUUUGUAUUUUAUCGGUGUAGAAAUCUUACGGAUCGCUGAAAUAACGAACAACUCAUUCCAGCACUAUCGCAUUAUGUAAUCGACAUAAAACCAGACGUAUUAUGUAUAUAACUAUACGAGAAUAUAUAGGAUAUUGAAAAGACUCCUUUCUGUCCCCAGUAUAUUCAUUAAUCAGUAAAUCCUUUUUAUUAUUAACCAAACCUGGCUAUAUAAUUGAUGAUCAACAUACAACGUUUUGACUAUUGUUUUUGAUCCUUUUCAAGGGUGAAUAACUCUUAUAGCGUGACAAGUCAUUUUCUAGACAUAAAUAUUGUUGUGUCCGGGUCGGUCACCCGGUGCAGUACCGCCGAUCGUCGCAGCUGAUAGUCAGCUGAUGGUCAGCGGAGCAGAAGACGCGAGUCUCUACGCGACGCGGUCUCCAGGGAAGAGAAAUAAUAAACAAGAGCGAACGGAGAGUUGAAGCCCGGCGGCUGAGACAGCUAGACGUGUUGCGAAUAAGCGCUUGAAUUGCUACGCAGUUGUACCGUUAUUGGAAUAAAGCGUGUUUACUCUAAUUCUCUAACGCGAGUGUUAUUCCGCGAGUAUGCGAGUGAAAGUGAGCGUGUGGUGCGAGCGAGUAUCGAGCCGGAGUUGGCACGGACAUAACAAUAUAUAUAUUUAUAUGAAUGAGUUCAAGUAAAAAGGAAGUAAUUAAAGAAAUAAUAACUAACUAACUUACCGACUGAAAACGACCUGUUGUAAAAAGUAAGAUAAAGAUUUUCAAGGAACACGUCAAUAAACACCUAACGAUGACAAGUUACUGAUAACCAAGACAAUAAAUAAAACUGUGUUUUUCUAAAUGCUAUCGCUACAUAGGACAAGCUAUGUGUAUUUCAAAAUAGUGUUAUAUAUACAUGGCAAUUUUUUUGUAAAUUGAUCGAAUUAUUAUGUCUUUUAAUAUAAAACAUUUCUGCCAUUUCUCUUUUUUUGUAAUGAUUUUCACAGAGACGCUUUAAAUUCCAUCUAAUGUUAUCACUCAUUCAUUAGAAUUUAUAUUAUUAAUUGAACUCAUUCACAAGAAUUUAAUUUAUAUAUGUAUUUCUAGAAAAUGACUUGUCACGCUAUAUAAGAAUUAUUCACCUUGGAAAGGACCAAAAACAAUGGUCGAAACGUUGUAUGUAUGAUCAUCGAUCAAUUGUAUAGUCAGUUUUGGUCAAUAAUAAGAAGGAUUUAUUAAUUAAUAUAUACGAUACUUAUCAUUUUAAUUAAGCUGACUUGUUUGUUUUGAGAUGUCUUAAAUUGUUUUAUUGAGGCAGGUGGUUUAUCGCGUCACUAAUUAUACAGCGAUGUUACCAUCAUAGCAACGUGAGCAUACGGUGUUAGAGUGAGCAUCUUAUAUAUUCAAAUGUUUGUUGGCGCUCGUAGAGGCGCAAAUGCGCGAGUAGUUUUUUUAGCAGUUCAGUUGUUUCGUUCGUUCGUUCGUGAAGUCGAGAGUAGUACGCGAACCGAGUCGUACAUGUAUAAGCGGCAAAAUAAAAUAGUUACGAGUUUUGUGAUAUUA